GUAAACAAACCUACGUCAUCAUUGACGUCAUCAUCGCGCGUCUCUUGUCACCAGACCGGAUGUUUUAUCUUUACCUUCAGUGAUUAUACCGUAUUUGCGAGAAAUACUAGUUUAUAAGCACUCACGAUUAUGAUGUAACAUGUCACUCUGCGUAUAAGUUACAAUGUAAGACGUUAUUCAGCUUUCCAUUCAACAUUUCAUUUUCUAACUAAUUAAAUGGUCAACCGAAAAAAAUCGGAACAGCAGUCAAACAGCUAAAAACAACAAAAUCAAACGCUUGUGUUGACAGCAGAGAUAAAUUGCACAAUGGGUGCUGAACAGAGUGGAGAUGCUGAACAUAAACAUUCAGACUUUAGUGCUUCAGUUGUACCCUCUCCAGCCAAGCAAAAAGCGAAAAUGGAUGACAUAGUAGUCGUUGCCCAAGGAACUCUGUCAUUACGGAACAUCCAUAAUGAUCCAGAUGUCAUAAAGCUACAAGAAAUUCCCACCUUCCAACCUCUUCUUAAAGGUGUGCUCAGUGGUCAGACCUCCCCCAGCACUGUCUGUCUGGAGAAGUUAGAUUCUGCACAGGUAUUGCAGCUGUGUGUUCGAUACCAGGAUCAUCUGCAUCAGUGUGCGGAGGCUGUAGCUUUUGACCAGACCGCUCUGGUUAAGAGGAUAAAAGAGAUGGAUCUGUCAGUGGAGGCACUAUUCAGCAUCAUGCAGGAGAGGCAAAAGCGUUACGCCAAGUAUGCCGAGCAGAUCCAAAAGGUCAAUGAGAUGUCUAUGACUCUGAGACGCAUUCAGAUGGGCAUUGACCAGACGAUACCGCUGAUGGAGCGUCUCAAUAACCUACUGCCUGAGAGUGAGCGCCUGGAACCCUUCAGCAUGAAGCCUGAUGGAGACAUCAAAUAGAGUUCAGCAUCAGAUGAAGAGCAGAGAUAGUUGUGGGGUCAUGCCACUACAUAGUGAGUUCAUAGGACUGAUGCUUUGUAGAGACCCACCUCAAGUCAUUUGUUGUUACCUUUGGAGCUUUUCAUUCUGCACUCUGAAAGGCUUAUUGCCUGUCUGGAUCAGUUGUAAUUUGGCCACAAAACAAGUAAAAUGGCACAAAAUGGAAAAACUAUAAUACCAACAUGGUAAAUGCUUGUGUAUAUAUUUACCUAAGACUAAUUGAGUGCUUUUAAAGGGCAUGAUGAAAUAUACUUCUGCCUAUGUAAUGUAAAUGUUAUUUAAUGAGAAAUAAUUUCAUUAAUGUAUAUGUUUCUCUUGCACUUAAAAGUCUAUUUGUAGGUUGAUGUCACUGAAGUUAUUGGCAUUAAAUUGUUUAUAAAAGUU